AUGGGAUUGGAAACAGCAUUAAUAACUUUACUGAUGGAUGGUCUCACAAAUGCAACAUCGUACUUGAAACUACACAACAGUAUGGCGCCAUACAAGAUAUCAUUUGCAUUGGACAAUCAAGAUCCUAAAAAUACUCCUACAUUAAAAGAUCUGUCCAGUCUACUCCAUAGUAAACUAAGUUUAAGGGAUAUAUCAGCAUGGCUACCAGAUUUCACUCUAUCAUUACAAAGUCAGGUAAAGGAGAAUUUAGAAAUGGGUAUAACAUAUACAGCCAUCUUAAACGAUAAUACUUUGGUUGAUGGAAUAUUCCACUUACUGAACAGUAGCACCAUGUUGAAGGAGCAAGUACAUAUUUAUGAUUUUGAUUCCUACGCAGCUUUAUUAUGUGGGAAACAAAAGGCGAAAUAA